AUGCCAGUUAUCUGCAUUUCUCUCCUUACGAGCUGUCACACUGACAGAGGAGAGCCGGGCACUGAUGAUCUGUGUAGCCCCAGCAGUGCCACCUGUCAGUGUCCAUCAGUGCCAGCUGUCAGUGCUCAUCCAUGCCACCUGCCAGUGCCCAUCAGUGCCACAUCAAUGCCACAUUUCAGUGCCUAUAGUGCACAUCAAUGCCACAUAUCAGUGCCCAUCUGAGCUGGCUCUCAGUGUCACCCAUCAGUGCCACCUAUCAAUGCCAGUCAGUGCUGCCAAUCAGUGCCACCUAUCAGUGCCAGUCAGUGUGGCCUAUCAAUGUGCAUCAGUGCCACCUAUC